UUGUCUACGAUCUUUGAAAUGGACCAAACUCAAGGCAAUACUAGCAAAAUUGCUGGAACCUACGCUUACAUGUCUCCCGAGUAUGCAAUGCAAGGUCAGUUCUCCAUGAAGUCUGACAUUUACAGCUUUGGAGUCUUAGUUCUCGAGAUUAUAAGCGGCAAGAAAAACAGUGGCCUCUACCAGAUGGAUGAAACUAGUACUGCUGGAAAUUUGGUCAACAAUGCCUGGAGGCUUUGGAGAAAUGUGUCACCUCUAGAGCUGGUGGAUCCGACAAUUGGAGGGAAUUAUCAGAGUAAUGAAGUCACCAGAUGCAUCCAUAUUGCACUCUUAUGUGUUCAAGAUAAUCCAGAUGACCGUCCAAUGUUAUCAACUAUCAUCUUGAUGCUCACUAGUAACACAAUCACUCUACCACUGCCUCGCCUUCCGAGUUGUUUCCCGCAUCGCAUGAACAAACUGGACCAACUAUCUGAAGGAUACGAUUCAAGUCAAUCCACAGGUCAAAGAUCCGUUGGUUAUUCUGGUAGUGACGUGACGAUUUCUGAUUUAGAGCCUCGUUGAAGAGAGGAAAUAUUCUUUGUGAUUUGAAUUUGAAUGGUGAUUCUUCUAUAUGUUCUUAUUUUGUGUGAUUUAAAUUGUGGUUAUGUUUGUCUUCCUAUCUAGCAUUCUGGCCUAAUGACAUUCUUAGGAUAUAAAUUUACGGUUAUAAUUUUUGCUAUUAUGUAGACUUUUUGAUGUGCUGGGGAUUUUUAAUUCACUAAUACUAGAUUUUGAUCUGCUUUAUUUGAAGAAAGCUUAAAAAUUAUACAACCUUAAGAUUUUCUUAUUAGCGUACUUAUAUACCUGUAGAUUAACCUUAACAUA